AUGUUUAGAAACAUCUUAACAAUUCUACUAAUUGCUUCUUUAACAGUCUCAUUAUUUGCCACUCCCACACAUAAAUCAAAAGAACAUGGGAAAAAUGAAAAUUCAGUGUCUUCUGAUAGUAAAAAAAAUGAUACUCUCCAUAAGGAUAAUGAUUAUGUCAAUGUUGAAGAUGGAGAGGAUGAGAAUGACAAUGUUGAGUCGGAUGGUCUUGUUACUGGACAUAUUCUUGUGAACGAUGAUGAAAGCAAUUUGGAUGAUGGAGUUAUGGUAGAUGAGGUAGAAUCUGGUAUGAUUGGUGACAUUCUCGUGUACUUUGGUCCUAUUACAGAGGUAGUCAGUCACGUCACUAAUUCUAUUGCAAAUGGUGCACAUGUAGCUGCAGGGAAGAUAGCUGAUCUUUCUCACAAGACUCAUGAUGUUUACCUUGUAUCAAAAGAUCAAUUUUUGAAGACAGAAGAGAAGGUUGCCAGUAAAGCUCAUGAUAUCUUUCUGUAUACACAAGAAGAGUUUGAGUAUGUUGUUGAUGAAAUGAGAAAAGAAGCUAAUCGUCAUGCUUUAUAUAUUGGAUUACUUUCGGGAAUAUGCUCAUAUUUCUUGAUGUUCCCAGUAGUUCUUUUAUUAAAGAUUUUCUACAAAAAAAUUAGUAAUCAAAGAAGUCGUAUUCCAUUUUUUUGUAGAAAAUCUAAUGGAGAGAAUAAACCUCUCCUAAAAAAAGACAAAUGUGGUGGACCUAUAGACUUUGAUUUAUAA